AUGUCACAUUUAAGCAAUGGCAAUCUUUCAUGGUGGAAUCCGAACGAAGAAGUUGAAUCCAAAACUGGAAUUUUCAGUGAACCGGUCGUUAUAUUCCAUAAUGCCCCCGAGAUUACCGAUCUUUCAACUUUAAUAGGUGUCCCUCAGACUUUUAUUGGGAAUCAACUUUCAACGUUUGGCUUUGUUGAUGAAUCGAUCUCAGCAUCGCCCAUCUCCCCUUUCCAGCAAUCAGCAUAUCCAGCGACGUUUCCGCAAUUUUCGUGCAAUCUGGAGUCCUCGAUCUUGGAAUCACCUCAAUCCAUCACACAUCUAAACUUCACUGAUCAGUUCAAAGGGGAGUGCGUGGAUUAUCCUACUUUCCAAUCACCAAAGUUAAAACGUCCGAUUCUUCCUCAUCUUACUCUCAUCCAACCAGACAGGAGGCAAUUUGUUACUAUGAAUUUAUCUGAAAACGUGACGAAUGAACAAGCUUCUUCUGUUGAUAUUUCUAUUCACGAAGAUGAAAAUAGUUCAUCGCAGAACUCAUCACCAUCAAGCGCGUCCGAUCCCAGCGAUGGAGACAACAUCACUCCGUCCACAUCAGCGGACAUGUUUAAACAAGCACAUCCCUCAGUCACAAAGUCAAUUGGCCGUCCCAAACGUCGACAAUCCUUAGAGGAAAAGGAGCAAAGGGAUCGAAGGCGACGUGAAAAAAAUCGACAGGCUGCUCGUCGUUCUCGAACCAGAAAAAGGGUUCAACGAGAACAACUAGAGAAUCAAAUAUACGAGUUAGAAGUCGCAUACGAAAUUCUUAAAAAUACUGUGAAAGAAAAGGAUGAAGUUAUUCGAAAGUUGGAAAUAGAGAACAAAAGCCUGAGAAAGUUGGAUGAGUUAAAAUAG